AUUUAGGUUGCCGGUAAAUAUCUACGUUUGAAUAGUUCAUCAUGUCUCUGGUCCCGAAGGCUUUCGAGUCGAGCAAGAUUGUGCCUGAUGUCAUACCAACUCCACCCACCGCCAGCAUUGAGCUCAAGUUCCCCAGUGGCGCGCAAGCAUCCUAUGGCAACGAGCUUACUCCCACGCAAGUUAAGGACCAGCCCACCGUCACGUAUGCGGCGGAUGCAAGCGCUUAUUACACUCUUGUCUUUACCGAUCCCGACAACUAUGAUGGACCUGAGAAAAUUUACAGAGAAUGGCACCACUGGCUAGUUGUGAAUAUUCCUGGGAACAACGUGUCAGAGGGUGAAGUGUUAUCCGGUUACAUCGGAUCCGGGCCGCCACAAGGCACGGGAAUUCAUCGCUAUGUGUACAUACUGUAUAAACAGCCUGGAAAGUUGCAGUUCAAUGAAAAGAGAUUGACUAACAAGUAGGUUUUAAGUUACUUCUAUAAUCUACAAUGUAAACAUUUUCUAGGCUUUCUUGUAACAUUCUCGACUUCUUUCAAAUUCUUUUGAUGUACGUUUGAGCUUGUAUACGUUGGUAAGGCCGUAUAGGACACUUGUACUAUAGCAUUAUUAUCAUACAUCAUUAUGGUUUAGUCAUUUGCUAAAAAAUGGGUAAGCCUAGGUUAGGCUCAA